CCCAUUAUCAAACAAGGCGCCCUGUCUCGCGCCACUCAUAACCGACACCGCCUAGGGUUGGGUUAGCUACCCCGGCACAAUUCGUCGCUAGAAAUUUGGGAUUGGUCACAACUUCAGACCUAACCACCCCCAAAACGGAAGCUCAGAAAAACAGCAGGAAACACAGGAAGCAAAUCUGAGACACAGUUGAGCAGCUCUCCUCUCUUCAGCUUGCUCUUCUACCCAUUCAUGCCGACCCUGACAAAUUUCUACACCAUGCAAGAAGCCUCCCUGCACGACUCCAAGGACGACUGCUGGGUCGUCAUUGAUGGCAAGGUAUAUGAUGUGACUUCUUAUUUGGAUGAACACCCCGGUGGAGAUGACGUCGUCCUUGCUGUGACUGGGAAAGAUGCAACUGAUGAAUUCGAAGAUGCGGGGCAUAGCAAAAGUGCGAGGGAGCUUAUGGAGAACUUCUUUGUUGGUGAGCUUGAUGCAUCCUCUACAGCUAUUCCUGAACUUGAAAUUUCUGCCAAGAAACAACCGGUAGUCCUUACCCAGAAGCUCAUGGACAUUACAGCGCAACACUGGGCUGUUUCUGUGGCCAUUGUUGGCAUCUCUGUUAUUGCUGGUUAUCUAUAUGUGCGUAGGAAAUAAGCAAUUCUUUUUGCUUCCUUGUUGAUUGGUAUGGCUGUUGUCAUAAAUUUUGAUCGUGUAAUUGAAUGAAUGUGCAUUUGCCUCCAGUAUUUUUAGGGUUUCUGGAACUAGGAAUGGUCACUAAUGGACCUUCCUACUACACAUGAAUGACACGUGUAGCUCAUAGUCUUUCAGGAAGACAACAUUUGAACUGAAGGUGGUGAUUGUUAUGUUUACAAUUGUGUAUUCCUACAGCAGGUUGAAGGGAAAUUGCCCUCUGCUAUCAAUCUUCAGGGUUCAAUAA